GGGGGUGAGGGGGUGGUGAGGAGAGAGGGAAGAGGCUGGCGCUCGAGUGGUGAAAUUUCAAAUUAAGUGCACAAUUGUGACUCUUCCAACCGGGAUGGCUCAAGCAGUGCAGACCUGCAGACUCUUGGCGAUUCUCUGAGACUGCAUUUUAUUUUUUUGCAACUCGCCUCCCGGAGCUGCGCGCCAAACCUCGGUUCGGAAGGAAGGUUGUUGGGGAUCCAGCGCAGAGAGUGGAGGGGGCCCCCGGGCAGCCGCCGCGCACCUUGGACCAUGCCGCAUGCCUUGCUCUGCCCUUUGGAUGGGUUUUCUUGGAGUCUCCAGGGCCGGCUGGGGUUGCUCCCUGUCCGCACGCGCACUCUCGCCCCCAGCCAACCCCAGCAGGCGAGGCUCCCCCUGCCAGGCACCGAGACCUUUUGACUCCGCACUCUGUAGCCCUCGACCCCGCCCCCGCCCAGGGGUGGCCCUCGAGAGCCGGACCUCUCCAGCUUGGGCUGGGACCAUGGUGUUUCUCUCUGGCAAUGCCUCGGACAGCUCCAACUGCACCAACCCUCCCGCGCCAGUGAACAUUUCCAAGGCCGUUCUACUCGGGGUGAUCUUGGGGGGCCUUAUUAUUUUCGGGGUGCUGGGAAAUAUCCUGGUGAUCCUCUCCGUGGUCUGCCACCGGCAUCUGCACUCUGUCACGCACUACUACAUUGUCAACCUGGCCGUAGCCGACCUGCUGCUCACCUCCACGGUGCUGCCUUUCUCCGCUAUUUUCGAGAUCCUGGGCUACUGGGCCUUCGGCAGGGUUUUCUGCAACAUCUGGGCGGCGGUGGACGUCCUGUGCUGCACCGCGUCCAUCAUGGGACUCUGCAUCAUCUCCAUUGACCGCUACAUCGGCGUGAGCUACCCGCUGCGCUAUCCCACCAUCGUCACCCAGAAGAGGGGCCUCAUGGCUCUGCUCUGCGUCUGGGCGCUGUCCCUCGUCAUCUCCAUCGGGCCUCUGUUCGGCUGGAGGCAGCCAGCCCCCGAGGACGAAACCAUCUGCCAGAUCAACGAGGAGCCAGGCUACGUGCUCUUCUCUGCACUAGGCUCCUUCUACGUGCCCCUGACCAUCAUCCUGGUCAUGUACUGCCGGGUUUACGUGGUGGCCAAGAGGGAGAGCCGGGGCCUCAAAUCCGGCCUCAAGACAGACAAGUCGGACUCUGAGCAGGUGACACUUCGCAUCCAUAGGAAAAAUGUCCCUGCGGUUGGCACUGGGGUCCCUAGCUCCAAGAACAAGACGCACUUCUCAGUGAGACUCCUGAAGUUUUCCAGGGAGAAGAAGGCAGCCAAGACGCUGGGCAUCGUGGUCGGCUGCUUCGUGCUUUGCUGGUUGCCUUUUUUCUUAGUGAUGCCUAUUGGGUCUUUCUUCCCUGAUUCCAAACCCUCAGAAACAGUUUUUAAAAUAGCAUUUUGGCUCGGAUACCUGAACAGCUGCAUCAAUCCCAUUAUAUACCCCUGCUCCAGUCAAGAGUUUAAAAAGGCUUUUCAGAAUGUCUUGAGAAUCCAGUGUCUUCGCAGGAAGCAGUCUUCCAAGCACGCCCUGGGCUACACCCUGCACCCACCCAACCAUGUGGUGGAGGCACAGCAGAAGGACCUGGUGCGCAUCCCAGUGGGAUCAGGAGAGACCUUCUACAAGAUUUCCAAGACAGAUGGGGUCUGUGAAUGGAAAUUUUUCUCUUCCAUGUCUCGUGGAUCUGCCAGGAUUACAGUGCCCAAAGAUCAAUCAGCCUGCACCACAGCCCGGGAAUUUUAACCAUGAAACCACCUGCACACAGUUCCGGUCAAACCCACUUGGAACACUGUUGGCUACUGCUCCUUGUCGACAAACUGCUGUGGAGUGGGGCUGCUGUGGGCUCCACCAUCUUCAAAAGCAUGGCAACAGGGGCCUCCUGGCCUCCAAAGUCCCUGCAAGAUGAGUGAGUGGAGAUGUUGUGGGGCUGGGCUGGCAAAAGCAAGUUAGGAUUUCAGCUGAGGACACCCGGCUCACUGCCAAGGAUCCCAUCAGCAUUACCCCAUUCUUGCUGCCCCAGACACAAGUUUCACUGGGGCUGAGGGUGAACCUUACCUGCUCUAUGCAGGAAAUUAUUUUUUUCUUGCUAAUGCAAUGUGGAUUACCUAGUAUCCCACUUAAAAUGAAGGUUCAGGGGGAAAGGGGUUAGGGGAGUAUUGACAGGAACAAGGAAGACUUAACAUGCAUUUUGUUCCAAACAGGAGAGUUUUAUAAUAUUUCUCUCAGUUAAUACACAAGGAACUGCUCACAAACUGGCUAUUUAUUCACCUCCAAGGGCAAAAUAUUGUCUUCCUUUUCCCUGUGGCUCAGUCUUACUUUCCCUCUAUACCAUCAUCAGCAAAACAUAUGCUGGAAAUGACUACUGGUAAAUUACAGGACGUGCAGAGAACAAGAUAAAAAAGCUAAAAGAAAAUGUAUGCUCUCUUUGGAGAAAAUAAAUAAUAAUACAGCUGCUGGCCUAUUUUUUAAAAAAUGUUAUUUUUUAAAGGUGCAUUCAAAUAUAAUAGGAAAAUAACUGAAAUAGAAAACCCAACAUGAGUUUAAUAUUUCCUUUCAUUUAUAUACUUUGUACCUGUAAGUAAUUUUUGCCUAUUUCAAGUCAUUGCUAGUCAAGAGUGAGACUAUUAUCUAAACUUGGGAUGUGAAGAAAUAAGAAGGGACAAAGAGAGAGGCAUAAGGAUGUCUUUGAAUCCCCAAGUCCAGCCUCAGAUUCCUUCUUUCAUGCCACCACAGUGACCCCAAGAUCUACUGUGACAGGUUCCUUUCAUUUGUUUCUGAUCUGUAUUUUCAGCUCUGUGUGCACCUUCUCUCCUGUAUCUUUGCCAGCAACUGAGCAGUGCAAGAUCAUUCUACAGCCAAAUACUUAUUUGUCUAUGCUUUUCUCAUUGGCUAGAAGACAAGCAAUGUAAUUCUGCUCUUUCUCCCUAGAUAGUCAGCAGCCAUGCUAAGAAAGUAAGAAGGACAGAGGGCUCUUGGCUUGCUCAACAGGGUGAAAUGUAAGGCAAAGCCAACAGUGAUUGACAAUUUAAAGACCUCCAGAACACAGAGGUCUCACAGAGAAUUUGGGGAACGCACUUUUUCCAAAGAGCCUGAGGUCAUUGGCUAUAACCUAAUCACUACCAUCAGCAGGUUCUUCUUCUGCACCAGGCACUGUGCUUGGCAUUAAACAUACACAGAAGUACACAUAGUCCCCAGCUUAUGAACUGGGUGGAUUCCAAACCCAUCUCUUGAAAGUCAAGCAUGCUUUUUUCAAAAAAAAAAAAAACUACUUAUAAAAGGGGGAGGGGUACUCCCAACUGAACCAAAAAAUAAUAAUAAUAAAAAUAAUUUAAUGUAUACCAGAACAAGCUUUUCUGUGGAUGGCUAGAUAGUAAAUAUGUUAGACUUUGAGAAAACUGUCUGUCACAUAUUCUUUGUUGGAUUUGUUUUCUUGGGCAGUUAUGUAAAAAUGUAGAAAUCAGUCUUAGUUCACAGUCUGUAACACACAUACAUACACACAAAAAGAGAAAGAGAGAGACACCAUGGGCCAAAAUUACCAUCAUUGCUGCCAACAGUAGCUUAGAGUGUAGCUCAAAUAGUGCUAUCAUUUUGCUACCUCAUAUACAUCUUUCUUUUUUUAAAAAAAUUUUUUUACUAAUUUAUUUUUAUUUCCUCCUCCCUGCUUUUUGUUAACAGAGACAGAAAGAAAUGGAGAGCAAAGGGGAGACAGAGAGGGAGAAAGAAUCUACAGCACCACUUCACCACUUGUAAAGAUUCCCCCUUCAGAAGUCCGGAGUGCAUGACAUCUGCUGCUGUGCUUUCUGGGAGAUGGUUGAUGCUACUUGACUUCCGGUCCCCUUACCAAAGAUGCUCAAACUGGAAGUGUUUCUGCUUCCACAAUAUCCAUCACAGUGGGAUACCCCUAUUCUUCAGACUAAUGUGGUUUCCCAACUUUCUUACUAUCUAGAAGUUAUAAGUCACAUGGAAAGAAAGGCAGGGAGGGACUAUAAAAUAUUUAGUGCCUUUAAGCUAAAAGCAACCCCACAUAGGUUUGAAUGAGUGUAGCAAUGGCUUCAUGAUUUACCCUCAUCGAGCACUUGUCUCUCUCCUCUCUGGCUAACAUUCCUUUUCGCUAAGGUCAUCUUUAUCUUUCAUAGUGAAAAGAGUGCAGCCUUGGUUAACUUGGUUAACUGAAGUGUCAAGGCUUGAAGGCUAUUGGCCCAUAAGCCAAAAGCUGAACAUCAGGACAGAUCUUUCUUGAUUCACAAGGCCUUGCCUACCCAGCCCAUGUGCCACAGCAGAGAUGACAGCACUUGUAAAGAGCAAGAGAGGGAAAAGGGAAGUUCUGUUGAGUGGACAGUCCAAUGGGUAAACUUAAUCAAAAAUAAGAAUGGUCAAAUUCAAUCUGACCAGAAGAAAGACUAUUAAAAAUUAAGCCCACUUUUAAUAAUUUAAUUUAAAACUUUCAUUUAAAGUUUAACUAUCUAUUUUUUAAAUAAGAGGUAUUUUUAAAGGCAAUAUAAAUGCUUAGAUGGCAACUCAUUGUUAACUUUCUAUAUAUUUACUUGGGGGAGUUGAACAUUGAUAAGGAAAUAAUUGGAAAGUGAUAGUGGGCUCCUUUAUUUGCCUCUGUCUACAUUUUCAAAAGCUCAUCUGCCUGUUCACCACAUGAAGCCCUGGCUCCUAAACUUCAGCAUGUGAGUCCUGACUUUCCGAGGCAGAAUCGUGCUUCCACAUUUACAGCCCAAAUCGAAACACAAGUUUUCCUUGUCAGACUGGAGGGUGAAAAGCAAUUAUUUUUGUCUCUGGGGAUAACAAGUCACAAGCAGUCCACCUCCCAGUAUGUCUACAUACUCCUGAUAGUGAAAGUUACUUCCUUGGAACGUGUGUAUAAUUAACUAUACAGCAGCAAGGUUUAUGUGGGCAAAAUAACACCUACAAGCAUCACUAUUAAAUGUCCCUUGAACAUUGUCAGUAUGGCAGAGAAUAAGAAUAGACAGCCAUGUCACAGAAGAAACACUUUGACACAGAGGUAUAGGAAGGGAAAAGUGAGGAAAGGAGAAUUUGUAAGUGGAGUUGGGUGAAGAGCCGGGCAUUUGGGACCAUAGGGGUGUGCUUAACUUCAGUCGCUGUCUCUGUGCCUAGUUAAUCCUGAACACACAUACAAACACUUCUCUCUCGGGGGCACUUUGUUCUCCUCUGUAAAACAGCAUAGGAAGAUAAAAAGAGAAACGUGAAUCUCAGGACCGGAUAAAGCAUAUGAAGUCAUGGCCAUCCCCAACUCACUUGUGGCACUCUUUCUCUGUUAUCUGUUCCUCUCCCAUACAUUCUAUCAGGAAAAUAUCGGUAGAAAGUAGAUCAUCUUUAAAUUAUCUUAAAGCCCUGAAAACACAGUGGCGGGGGGGGGGGGGCGGUAGGAUAAAGCAUCUUAUUUUCCUUUGCUCUUCAUUCUGGUUUAUGUUUAUAGUUUCCAGAAGUUGGUCAUCACCAGUUCACCAGUACUUUUGCCUUAGGAUAGACAUCACAGAAUGGUUAGUCUUUUUUGCUUGGGUGCUAUCUAGCACUCUUCAAUUUAGGGCACUAGACACCAAAUUCUGAGUUAAAAUGUUUAACACACACCCC